CGUGUUGGGUCCGGAAGAAAGCCUAAAAAUGAAGACCCAGUUUCUAAGUCAGCUGAAAAUUUUGAAAAUGAAGUUAUACAAGGAAUUGCUCGCGAAUUAGACCUUGAAGAUAUUGGUUUUUAAUAUUUUUUAUGUUAUUUAUUGCUAAUUUUAGAAUCAAUUGAAUCUACUUCACAAAUAAGUGUUUUAACAUUUACUUUGCGCCGGUCCACUCGACAUUCAAGCACAAUAAGCCGUUUCUCUGAAAUUUCUUUUGACGAUAAGUGGCCUUCAUUUCGCCCUGUCACUCAUAAAUGUUCUUUUUAUCAUGUUGGUCUUGGAUGUGGUGCUAAGAGUGCUAAACAUAUGCCAAAUUAUUACAAUUCGCUUUGCAAAAAUGACGUUUUGAUUGACUCCCGUUGCCCGUUUUGUAAGGCAUUAUUGCUACCAUCGGAGACAAUCGGCCCGUCUGCAUUUGUUAAAUGUUGUGCAAAAGGGCGCAUCGAUUUGAAUGAACGGUUCACGAAUCUGCAAGACUUUCCAAUUGGAAUUGAUCUUUUACUUCACAAUCCUGCCAACUCUGCGACACGAGAUCGUCUUUUGAAAAAUGUAUUGCGAUACAAUGACCAGCUUUCUUUUGGCCAACUUCGUAUGGAACGAACUUAUGACUUUCCAGAAUCAUAUCGGAUUGUCAAAACAAAUAACAUGUUUAAUUAUAUGCUAUUUGAUUUUCGCGCGCCUGGUGGACAACAACAACCAGAACUUCGUGGUCAAUUGUACACAAUACCGCCAAAUUCCGCUGAUAUCCGCCUUAAUGUACUUUCAGCUGAAAAUGAAUUAGAUCCCUUUAUUCUGCAAGAACUAUUUACUAUCUUAAAACAAAAUCAUUGGAUGGCAGAACUUUUCAAAGUUGCAUCUGACGUUUACGAAGAUCUUUCGGCCGACUUGCAGCUUCAGUUUCGAAUGCUUGUAGUCGAUGCCAAUAAACGUGGAACAGAGCGCACUAUUGAAAACGUUCCACCUAUUGAUGUUAAUCCAUCUGAUGCAUCUGUUUUACAUCAAAUUCAUCCUGGUCGCCUUAGUGUCGAAACUGCUGCUGGGAGUCAACUUGUCGCGCAAUUUUAUUUGGAUAAUGGGGAGAAUGUUCCACCAGAAGGAAAAUAUGACGUAAUUCUAACAGGGCAAAAAGGAACAGGCCAAGUCAGUCUGAAAUGGUGGCACCGUGCAGCUGAUGCAGCAUGUUUCCCUAUAAUUUUUUCAAAAGGACAAAAUGGAUUUGCUAGACGUGUAAUUGUUGGAGGUGAUGGAGAACUUGACCCAGAAAUCGAUCUUGGAGAAGGCGAGGAAUUUCUCCAUGAUCUUGGCACAAAACAAGAACAUCAACGUGAACAUGUUUCAAGGGCUCAAUAUUUUCGGUACAUGUGUCAACAUAGAGGAACCUCAUGGAAAGCAAAUCAUUGGCUAUGGGAAUAUGGUCAGUUGGCCCAGCUUUACACGAUCACCUAUAACCAAAGAAUGGAGGCGCAGAAGGUUCAAUAUAUGAAGCAACUUCAAGGCAAAUACCGUUAUGUCCGUCAGGCUGCUUUACUGGAUUGGCUUAAAAAACUUUUGGAAAAACAAGGCAAAUAA